AUGGAUUGGAACAACCUCAAGGACACCGUCGCGGGUAUGAGCCUCUACGACGUCAAGGCCGGUGUCAGGAAGGUUCAAAAUGCUGUUAUGAAUUACACCGAAAUGGAAGCCAAGGUCCGCGAGGCAACCAACAACGAACCAUGGGGCGCAUCAUCCACCACAAUGCAAGAGAUUGCCAAUGGCACUUUUAACUACUCGACGCUGAACGAAAUUAUGCCCAUGAUCUAUCGUCGCUUCACCGAAAAGGCCGCUGAGGAGUGGCGCCAGAUCUACAAAGCUCUUCAGCUCUUGGAGUUUCUCAUCAAGCACGGUUCUGAACGAGUCAUUGACGACGCCCGCGGCCAUAUUACGCUAUUGAAGAUGUUGCGCCAAUUUCACUUCAUCGACCAGAACGGCAAGGACCAGGGUAUCAACGUCCGCAACCGCGCCAAGGAACUUACCGAGCUUCUGAGUGACGUAGAACGCAUCAGAUCCGAGCGCAAGAAAGCGCGAGCGACCAAGAACAAAUACACGGGCGUCGAGGGUGGAGCUGGCGGCGGCUUCUCUGGCAGCAGCGGCGGCGGUCGAUAUGGCGGUUUCGGCAGCGAGUCGGGCGGCACAUCCGCUGCGAACUUUGGCGGAUAUUCCGGCGGUGUCUACGGAGACGGCGGUGGUUUCGGCGGCCAGUCGGACGAGUGGAGGGAGGGCGGUUCGGGUGCUGGCGGCUCGAGCAGCCGCGGCGGAGACAGAUUCGAGGCAUACGAUGAAGCCCCCCAAAGAAAAAAGAAGGAGCCUGAAGUCGAUCUCUUCUCCUUUGACGAGCCGGCCUCGUCCUCGUCUGCGCCGCCUGCGCCUGCGUCGGCUCAGAGCUCUGCCUUUGGCGGGCUUUCCACCCUGUCCGCCCCAGCUGCUGCCAGCAAUGACGACGAUGACGAGUUUGACGACUUUGUAUCUGCUCCACAGACUGGCAUUCCCUCUGCUGCUCCUGUCACGGCAGCCGCGUCAUCCACUGCCACGUUUGCUGCGCCGAAGCCCCUGCAGCCACAGCAGCAAGCUGAUCUCAGCAACAUUGUCAACUUGGCAUCUCCGGCGCCAUCGACGGCAUCCGGGCCCAACUAUUCGUCGUUCGCUACUCCCGCGAUGGCCUCGCCAGCAACGCAGGCGCCCAAGAUGGGCGGGUACCAACCCGCCGGGCCCAACUACUUUGGGUCGGUCCAGUCAGCCGCUCCCCAGCAGACUGGCAGCGCUGUGUCUAUGGGUUCAAGCAUGGGCGCGACCAAACCGGCUCAGUCAGCAGCUGCCAAGCCCGCUGCGGCUGGGGGGGAUGCAUUUGGAGCUCUGUGGUCACAAGCUAGCUCUGGCAUCAAGAAAACGAACACCUCCACCGGACAGGGACCGGCCAUGGGACAACUGGCCAAGGAGAAGAGUAGUGCCGGGAUCUGGGGUGCACAAGCCGGCGGAUCUACGACGGCGGCCAAGCCUACCAGUAGCAGCAACGGACUGGACGACCUACUGGGCUGA